UGGUCUUAAUUGUUCACCCCAAAAAGCAGUCACGUCUUGGUAUUAUGGGUCGUCCUACUUUACUUUCUCUGUAUAACUCAAUUUGCAUGGAGUAAUAUAAGCCCGCAUUUUCUACGAGGCAUCACUUUCAAAGAGAACUUUUCCCUUGUAACAUUAUCUAAAAAACCAAAAGUAUUAAAAAAUGUACUCCCACCAUCGCCAACUAGUUAGGAGGACCGCAAACUGGAAACUGUUUCAGAUAUUUUGCAUUCUCCAAAACUGUUUAAUUCUCCAGGUUGCGUGUUUCUCAGUUAAUUCAAAUUCGAUUCCGGGCGGUCAUGGACUGCUGAGGGGUACGAUUAAUGGCAUCUUAUUCGUUAAUCAUACCAAAAUGUUGGCCCCGAAGAGUGAAGAUGGAGAGAUUCUGGUGGAAAAGAUGGAUCCCAAAAUUCAAUCUACAACCAUGCUCGUAGAAUCCUUGGGUGAAACUGGGAGUUUGGAGGACCGGGCGAGAACAUUGUCAUCGUUGGGAUUAGACGAGGAAGAUUACGAGGAGGACACGAACAAGGCAAAAAGGUCGAAAGGGUUCAUCAAAAGAUUACUCCAAAGAUUUGGGCUCGUCUCAGCUUCGUCCGAACCACCACAACGCGAAAGAGAAUUUGAAGCUCAAGUGGCCGAGGAUGAUUCUUCAGUUGAUGCUGACAGUCCGAGCGACGCCAUGACCACGUCGAUGCCUUCCACGAGUCUCCUCGCUAAACUGAAUCCCAUCAAUAAAAUCACGUAUAAAAUCAACACGGCGAGAAACGUGGUAAAUCGGGCGUUGAACGUGGUGGGGUUGGGGAGCAAGCCGGCUGAGACCCCGGCGGAAGGUGCGACUGGCGACGGAGGGGAGCAGGACGAUGAAGCGGGGGCCACACGGGAUUCUGCCGGCACAACGGACGAUUCCUCCUCCUCUGGGGUUGUGCAUGGGGACACGGUAUUGGUUGCCUUAGUCGGAGUUGCGGUAUUUCUGGGGUGCAAUUUUCUUUAAAUUUUGAAGAAUAGCUUUUUAGUGAAAUAAUUAAAGUUAAUUAAUAAGGGUAUAAUUGGAUAGAUGUAUUUUGGAUUGGGUGAUUUAUGGGGAGUAGACGUGGAAUUGUAUUUAAAUUUUAAUUUAGAUCAGGUUAGUGCACGUUAUGUAGCGUAUUAAGGAGUAGAAGGUCACUACUUGUCGGGCCCCGAUUUCGAUCUCCUUUG